ACGCAACAGAGACAAGCCACCACCAUCGUCUCGUUUCGUUUCGUGAUGCCAACCACCUGCCGGCCCCUUUUCCAUUGGAGAUACUUUUCCAGCAUCAGCUCUGGCAAUGGCCCGGUGGACAUGGUUCACGGCGCACCAGGCUCCGCCGUCGGUGGACGGUGGACCGUGGACGUGCCCUCGCCAAUUCCUCCUCGUGCCGACACCGGAGAAGAAGAGUGCCUCGUGCCGUGCGCUAUUGGCGCACGGCGGACGUGGCGGAGCGCGCCUACCCUGCUGGCCUACACCUCGCCAGAGUCAACUAGCCAAACGCACACGUUUGCGUCAACGAACAGGAGCUGCGAGAUUUUCCGACCUAACCUUGCGGACUCCGCCACCACCUCCCUCCCUUUUAGGGUCGUCGUCGUCGACGGAUUGCACGUCUCCUCCUCCGCGUGUCCAUCAAAUUUCUCACCACACCCAUUCCGGUCCCGGCAGAUCGAUCGAUCGCGCAACCAUGGACACGGACACGACGUCCACCGACUCCCAGUUCCGGCACCCUGCUCCUGCCAUCUCCGCGGCCGGAGCGCGCGCCGUCGUAUGCUCAUUGGCCGCUCGGGGCGCCGAGAGCCUCGCCCGCGGCCUCGUCACCUGCGUCUUCGCGACAGUGGGCACGGUCCUCGGCGCGAUCACCGGCGGGCUGAUCGGGCUGGCCACGGAGACGGGCGUGCUGCGCGGCACGGGCGUCGGCGGCAUCACGGGCGCGCUGGUGUCCAUGGAGGUCGUCGAGUCGUCCCUCGCCUUGUGGCGCUCCGACGAGCCGGCCAUCUGGAGCGUCGUCUACGUGCUCGAUGUGAUCUGGAGCUUGCUGACCGGCCGUCUCGUGCGCGAGAAGGUGGACCCCGCCGUGCUCAACGCCGUCGAGAGCCAGAUGAGCGCAGCGGAGGCAACGGUCUUGCAUGGAGACCACGCCGACAUCUUCGGCAUGGGUGGCACCAACGGCAUGGCGAGGGUCGCCAUCGAUGCGCUCCCCGUGGUGAGGUUCACCGAGCGCAGCAGCGUCGACGCCAGCGGCGACCUCAUCGCCUGCUCGGUUUGCCUCCAGGUACUGUUAGCUGCUACUACUGCCUGCUACGUACUAGAAUACUGCCAUGGAUGGUGCGUUGCAGAUAUCUCGACACGAAUUCGCAAGCUGAAGCCAGUGAAUUCCAAGCCGGCGACAGCGCGAGGAGCCUGCCGGUGUGCCGCCACACGUUCCACCUGCCGUGCAUCGACGGCUGGCUGCUCCGGCACGCCUCCUGCCCAUUGUGCCGGCGAUCGGUCUAGGCCGUCCGUUCCUCUCUGCAUGACAGUGUCCUACUCAAGGAUAACCGCCCGUAAGAGCUGGCAAAAGAUAGCCGUUCCUGCCUACUGAAGUACGCACACUGGCAGCGUGAAUUUUCUGUAGCUCAUCAGUGAAAAGAUGGGCGUUUUGCCGUUCUGUAACAUUUUUCCCACAAGGUUAACAAAUGCAGUACCUGUCCAGUGCACAUUGGCACAUGGCGAUGA